ACAUUUCUGUCUCUAUGCUUUUUCUUUUUCCCCAACCUUCUGCUUUGCAAGACCAAGUCCCACGAUGGACACCGACUCAGGGCCUGCUUCACUCACGCUCACUGGAUACCUGUCCGUGCCAACACUCUCCACCCAGGUGUGCGUGUCUGCACUCAGGCCCGGUCACACGCGAAGGAGGGCAAAGGGGCGCAUGCGUCCCCACGAGGCCCCUCUCCUCCAGAUCGCCCGCAGGUCUGACUCCCCUCACUGGCGCCUCCUCCAGAAGGACACCGCCCGUGGGCGUUCGGCGGUGCACUCCCGCCCCGCCCGUUGGAACUCUGUCCCAGGAUGUGCCACCGAGCCCACAGGUGCGCCCACGUGCCUUGGCACGGGGCUGCGCGCCGAGCGCCCCCGACGCUCGGGGCUGGCUAACGCCGUCUCGCGGUUCCGGGCCGCGGUCCAAACAGCGCUGUCCCGUGAGCCGUCCUGUCCGGAGGGCGCGCGGAGAGCUGAGACUGCGCAGCACGCUGAGCUUGAGCUUGAGCGGGACCGGCCCCAGAGUGACGGAGAGGACCGAGCGCUGCCGGAGAAGCCCGAGUGUGAUGGGGACGCACCACCCGGCCGGAAGCGCACCCGAGCACGGCCGGAAGGAGCCGAGCCCGCCCGAAGAGAGCAGUGCGAGGCUGGGCGUCAGGCCCGCCGAGGUGUGGACUCCUUGGUCCUGGAAAGUGUGAUGUUCGCCAUCCUGGCCGAGCGGUCGCUGGGUCCCCAGCUCUACGGCGUUUUUCCGGAAGGCCGGCUGGAACAGUACAUCCCCAGCCGGCCACUGAAAACUCGAGAGCUUCGAGAGCCAGUGUUGUCCGCAGCCAUCGCCACGAAGAUGGCCCGGUUCCAUGGCAUGGAGAUGCCUUUCACCAAGGAGCCUCACUGGCUCUUCAGGACAAUGGAGCGGUACCUAAAGCAGAUCCAGGACCUGUCCCCGACUGGUCCCCCCGACACGAACCUAUUGGAAAUGUACAACCUGAAGGAUGAGAUGGGCAACCUCAGGAAGUUGCUAGACUCUACCCCAUCGCCAGUGGUCUUCUGCCACAACGACAUCCAGGAAGGAAACAUCUUGCUGCUCUCAGAUCCAGGAAGUGCGGACAACCUCAUGCUGGUGGACUUCGAGUACAGCAGUUAUAAUUACAGGGGCUUUGACAUCGGGAACCAUUUCUGUGAGUGGGUUUAUGAUUAUACUCAUGAGGAAUGGCCCUUCUACAAAGCACAGCCCACAGACUACCCCACUCAGGAACAGCAGCUCCAUUUUAUUCGCCAUUACCUGGCAGAGGUAAAGAAAGGUGAGAUCCUCUCCCAAGAGGAGCAGAAAAAGCUGGAAGAAGAUUUGCUGGUGGAGAUCAAUCGGUAUGCUCUGGCAUCCCAUUUCUUCUGGGGCCUGUGGUCCAUCCUCCAGGCAUCCAUGUCAACCAUAGAAUUUGGCUACUUGGAGUACGCCCAGUCUCGGUUCCAGUUCUACUUCCAGCAGAAGGGGCAGCUGACCAGCUUCCCCCCGACUUUGUGACCCUCCACCCUUCCACUUGGAUUCCUCCUGGAGCCUCCAGGGCAGGACCUUGGAGGGAGGGAAAAAAAGCAGGAGGCUGUGGGGACUGGGCUGAGCCACCAAGCAAGAGGGGGCUUUAGGAGACUGACCUCACCCUGCGUUUGAGUAGGUCUGGGUGGUGAGCAGGCCGGAAGCCUCUGGGCUGUGUACCUUAGGGCAAUAAACGAGCUUGUUCUUGCA